AUGCCGAAAGCCCGUCGUGAGUCUGCGGCGAGGGCCGACACACGUCCCGCAUUCAAUCGUCCCCCGAACGCACGCCCUGCCCCGGUGCCCCGUCAGACGCGUGAUGAGGAAGAUGAUGACUAUUAUGAGCCACGAACACCGAAAAGAGCGCCCAGGGAAAAAGCAAAAGCCUCACCCGUACCCUCCCCGUCGCCAGAAAAGAGACCGCGCCGACCGAGUGAUCGUUAUCAAAGUUCGAGUGGGGUGAGAGAAAGUCCCAAGAGGGCGCAGCAGCGGGAUCGCGCUAAGUACAGCUCUGGCACGUCCACCAACAGCGGAAGUCAAUUGUUGAGCAGCGAUGCGUUGGCGAAACUGAAUGCAUACAACCAAAGGGCCGAGUUCGAAGAAAAAUAUGAAGAGCGCAAGCGCAACAAGAAAAAACAGAAGCAGUACAAGAACCUCAGGGCAGCAGAGGCAACUCAGCAGCGAAAGAAGAAGCAGAAAAACAGGAAUGUCAGUGGUGCCAUACUAGAAGAGGGGAGGGCCGGCGAGAAGCACAGACGCGCGCAUGGACGUGGCGGCGGGUACGGGAAGGAAUACGAGGCUCACAGACGAUCAGGCACAGACCAGGCGAGGCGAAAGAAGAAAUUCUGGUGGCUGAUAAUCCUCUUCGUGGUGUUGCUGGCUAUAUUCAUCCCCGUCGCAGUGGUGGUAAGCAACAACAGCAGCAAGAAAUCAAGCAGCGGAUCGUCCUCGUCUUCGGCGACGACAAGCGACGGCUCAUCAGGAAUCAGCAAUGACUGCGAUUCGAGCUCGAUUCCGGCAAGUGCAAAGGGCACCUACACCGAUAUAUCCACCUGGAUGGACACCACCGAUUUCAAUUGUACAUACACUGACGAGACGGUCGGCGGGUUGUCGGUCAUGGGCCUCUAUUCGAGCUGGGAUGAUUCCACCAAGGCCAACGAUAACGUCCCCGCUCUGAAUGAGCAAUGGGAGUACGGGAAGAUGCCCAUCCGAGGCGUGAACAUAGGCGGCUGGCUUUCACUAGAACCCUUCAUCACACCUUCGAUGUUUAACUAUCCCGCCUCUGCCAACGUGGUCGACGAGUGGACUUUAACGCAAAAGCUGGGGCCCUCUGCACAACGUGUCAUCGAGACACACUACGCGACUUUUAUCACCAAGCAAAGCUUCAUCGAUAUCAAGAACGCAGGCUUGGACCACGUAAGGAUCCCUUACCCUUAUUGGUCGGUCACGACCUACGAUGGCGAUCCGUACGUCCCCAAAGUUGCCUGGCGAUACCUGCUUCGAGCGAUUGAGUAUUGUCGAGAGAAUGGCCUGAGAGUGAAUCUCGAUCUCCACUCGGUCCCAGGGAGUCAGAACGGAUGGGCUCACAGUGGUCACCAAGGUGAUAUUGGUUGGAUAUUAGGACCCGACGGCGCCACUAAUGCGCAAAGAUCCCUUGAUAUUCACAACCAAUUGUCCCAAUUCUUUGCUCAAGACCGGUACAAGAACGUGGUGACAAUUUAUGGCUUGGUUAAUGAGCCAAAGAUGUUGGUGAUUCCUCCCCAGUCUGUGCUUGACUGGAAUUCGAAGGCCAUCGCAAUAAUCAGAGGGAAUGGCAUCAAGCAGCGUAUCGUCUUUGGGGACGGUUUCCUCAGCUUGGAUACCUGGGACGACAUGUUCCACGGCGUCGACAACAAUCUGGUCAUGGACACGCACCAAUACCAAAUCUUCAACACCGGACAGCUCAAGUUGAAACACCAAGACAAAAUCAACCUCGCCUGUUCCGGGUGGACUGGCCUCAUGGUUGCUGCCAAUAACCCUCAAACUGGAUGGGGCCCGAUUCUGGACGGCGAGUGGUCCCAAGCCGAUACCGAUUGUACACCAAAUCUGAACAAUGUCGGCGUGGGUUCCAGGUGGGCUGGUACCCUCGACACCGGCGAUCCAGGCACAUCAGUUCUCACACCGACCUGUGCCGAGCCGCCGUGCUCUUGUGCACAAGCCAACGCCGACCCGAGCGAGUAUAGCGCCGCGUACAAGCAGUUUCUGCAGAUGUACGCGGAAGCUCAGAUGCACAGUUUCGAGCAGGCCUGGGGUUGGUUCUAUUGGACCUGGAAGACCGAGAACGCCGUGCAGUGGAGCUGGAUGCUGGGCCUGGAGGCCGGCAUAUUGCCUGAGAAAGCGUACGCCCCGUCUUUCAAAUGUGAUUCUGAAGUUCCUGACUUUAGCGACCUGCCUGAGAGUUAUUGA